AUGGAUUUCCAAGCAGCUGCAUCAAGCGGAGACGCAAACACUGUGAGAGCUUUGCUCCAAGAUGGAAUUGUGGUUACCCAAAACUGGCAUAUGACUCGACCUCCACUGUGUCUCGCUGCAGGCAACGGGCACAUCGAAGUCGUGCAACUCCUGAUAAACGAGGGAAAAUUUGAUCCUGGCGACGUAGAUGAGCGUGAUCGUACUGCACUGUCUUGGGCGGCGGGCCGAGGACAUAAGAAAGUUGUCAAAUAUCUACUUGCAAGGGAAGAUGCAAAUAAGCAUGCAGCAGAUGAAGAAGGUUGGACCGCUUUAUCAUGGGCAGCGGCAAAUGGAUUCGCAACAGUUGCCAGGAUCUUGAUGGAGGGAGGAGCAGACGUGAACUCUAAGGACAAGUGCGGUCGCACUCCCCUUUCAUGGGCUUCGUCAAAUGGACACAAGGACGUUGUAAAGAUGCUUCUCGCACAGGAUAGGUUGGAUGUUCAGGGCGAUGUCGACAACAAGAAGAGAACACCGUUUCUUCGUGCUGCAGCCAAAGGGAAAAGAGAGCAUGUCGAGAUUAUGAAGAAAAUCCUUGCCAAAGACAAGACAUGCCUGGCUCAUGCAGACGAGAACAAACGCACGCCCCUAUCGUGGGCAGCCGGAGCCGGCCAUGUGAAGGCUACGGAGCUGUUACUCAAGAGAAAAGCCGAGAUUAGAACAGUCGACGACUCUGGCCGCACACCUCUCUCAUGGGCAGCUGAGCAUGGGCACGAAAAGGUGGUAGCUAUGCUGCUGGACGGGGACAAAAGAUCACAACAUUCACGUUCGGCGUCAAACAAUGAUUCAAACACUGAGCCAGAUCCAGGACCUAUCGCGAACAUCAAAGAUAAGACUAACCAGGCGCCAAUAUUGUAUGCUGCAAAGAAUGGGCAUGACAAAGUAGUCAAGCUGCUGAUCUACAGUCGUACACCCUCAACAGAUGAUGCAGACAAUGAUGGCAGAACACCCCUAUCGUGGGCUGCAAGCAAGGGACAUGAUAAUGUGGUCGGCCCGCUACUUCAGUUGAAUCGAUUCAGUGGCGUUGACGUGAAUAAGAAAGACAAUGAGCACGAAACAGCACUAUCGUGGGCAGCAAAAGAGGGACAUAGGAGAGUCGUCUGGAUGCUAUCGGGACACCCGAAAAUAGAGCCCAAUCAUGCAAGAACGCUUGACAAGCGAACAGCUCUUUCCCUGGCUGCAGAUCGGGGGCUGCAUACAAUAGUAAAGGAAUUACUCUCGACAAAGAAUAUCGACAAAGACGCAAAAGAUGCUAAGAACAAAACAGCCUUGAUGUUGGCGUACGAAGGAAAACACAAGAAGACUAUGAAGGUCCUUAUAGAUGGCGGUGUCGAUCUGGAGGUUAGGUUAUCGGAGAAUAUGACGAUACUGAUGCUGGCCGCAAAGGAGGGGAACAACACAUCGGUGCAGCUUUUGAUUGAUCAUGGGGCUGAUAUCUUCGCGGAGAACGCGAAGGACAAAGACCGCACAGCCAUGCGUUAUGCCAUUCUGAACGAACACGAAUCUGUCGAAAACCAAUUGAGAGCCGCAAUGGAAAAGCAAAAGCAAGCAACAGCCAAAGCUCCAGCAGCGCAAGUCGAACAGAUACAGUUCCAGACAGCCUAA